AUGAUCGAUAAAAGAUCGCCCUACCAGGAGGGAAGCCUCUGGUACUAUGCGCCAAAUAAAGGCGCCCCGAUCGCUUUUGCAAUUCUUUUCACAUUAUCCGGUAUAAUGCAUGGCUAUCAGUGCUUCAAAUACAAAUCCUGGAAAGUAACAGGCCUACUACCUUGGUCUGCUUUACUCUUCACAGUAGGGUUUGUGAUGCGUACCAUUGGGGCAUUCGGGCAUUGGGACGAUCUGGGUGUUUUCAUUUCGAGCACUGUCUUCCUUUUAGCUGGGCCUCCUGUUUAUGAGGGAGCCAACUUCUUCACUUUGGGCCGUAUCCUAUACUAUAUCCCGUAUCAUUCUCCAAUUCAUCCUGGUCGGGUGUUCACCACAUUCAUUGCAAUGGGUAUCGUGAUCGAGAUCAUAACAGCAAAUGGAGCAGCAUUGGUUGCUAAUACGAGCAAUCCCGAAAGUACGCAGAAUACAGGCAAGGCUUUACUCAAAGCUGCCUUGAUCUUGCAACUCGCAUUGAUGGCGGGGUUUGUUGCUCUGGCUACCAAGUUUUACUACAACUGCCAUCGCGCUGGCGUUCUGAAUACUAAGGUCAAGAAGGCCCUUUAUGUGUUGUAUUGCAGUUGUGCACUCAUCACCAUACGCACUAUCUACCGAACUGUUGAGUAUUUCACAGCUGCAAGUCUGAACACUAGCAACAUCGAUGAUAUGAGCCCUAUUCUUAAGGAUGAAUGGUUCUUCUGGGUAUUUGAGACAGUCAUUAUGUUCUUUAACACUACCCUCCUCAACGUCUUCCAUCCCAUGCGGUGGCUUCCACGUUCAAACCGAAUUUACCUUGCAACGGAUGGUGUGACUGAAGUGGAGGGACCCGGUUACGAGGAUCGUCGGCCAUUUUUACUUACUCUCUUCGAUCCUUUCGAUAUAGUCGGUCGCCAAAAUGUUGUCAUUUCUCUCGUCGAAUCUAUCCACGCCCGGCAGUCACUUGCCCAGGCACUGAACUUCGCGCUGGUGCUCUCUACUGCAUUCAUGAUGUGGAAAGGCCUCUCCGUGUUCACCGCAUCCUCCAGCCCUGUUGUAGUUGUUUUAUCCGGUAGUAUGGAACCGGCAUUCCAAAGGGGAGAUCUACUUUUCCUAUGGAAUCGAAGCCCGCGAGCUGAGCUAGGCGAGAUCGUCGUCUACAAUGUCCGGGGCAAGGACAUCCCGAUUGUGCAUCGCGUCGUGAGAACCUUCCCAGAAAUCGAAGGAAAGGCGAAGAAGGUGAAGGAGAUUUCCGAGUCCUCACCGAUCCCCAACAACAUGCUUCUUACUAAGGGCGACAACAACAUUGCUGACGAUGUUGAGCUGUACGCGCGAGGCCAGGACUAUCUCAAUCGCGAGGAAGACAUUGUUGGCAGCGAAUUAGCUGAGCUCACAGCGUCUCCUCCAGAGGGCAUUACAGUCGAGCUAGCCAACGAGUCGGAUAUCUACCAAUGGAAGGUUUAUAUGGACGGCCCAGAAGGUUCACCGUAUCACACUGGCAGAUUCCUAGUCAAACUCAGUCUUCCCACUGAGUACCCCUUCAAGCCGCCAUCCGUUUCGUUCGGGACCAAGAUUUACCACCCCAAUGUGACCAACGAUGACAAGGGCAGCAUGUGUCUGGGCAUGUUGCGGGCUGAUGAGUGGAAGCCUAGCUCCAAGAUCGCAGCGGUGCUUGAGUUCGCGCGUCAGCUGCUCGUAGAGCCUAUGCCUGAUGAUGCUGUUGAGGGCCGUAUCGCAGAACAGUACAAGAAUGACCGCGCACGCUAUGACGAAAUCGCACGGGAGUGGACCAGGAAGUAUGCGAUCGCAUAGGGUGGUUAUCUAGAAGCGCGAUUACCAGGCUUAACUCCGUGAUGCUGCUCUCGGAGGG